AUGGCCGGUCCUCACAUCUCCUUCACAUGGCCUGGCUUAGUCCUCAUGCUGGCCUUGCUCUUCCUCUCCCUCACUACCACCCCAACUCACGGCCUCCCCAUCUCCUCCGAAAUUAGCACCUCCCCCUCUCACCUCCUCACCGCGAGAUUCACUCUCCCUCCUACUAUUGUCAACCCCAAGCCCCCUAAACCCGGCCGUCCCGGCAGAGACCCUCCUGAAUUACCGGAGAACCCAAAUAAUCCCGAAAAUGAACCCCACAAGCCGAAUCCCGGGGGCGAGGGUGGAAACGGGAGUGGGGAUCGUCCCGACCCAAAGAGUGGUGAGGAAAGGGGGAUGUUUAAGGAUCGCAGAGGACAGUGCUGUUCCAAGAAAAAUAGGAAGGAGACGGACUUAUGUCCAUAA